AUGGUAAACAACGAGCUGCGUCGCCAGGUGAUCAGCAUCUACAAAGGGCGGGAGUAUCCCCUUGGAUUUCAGUAUUUCAGGGAUCGACUCCAUCGUGCGUUUGCAGGUCAAGCGCAUCUCACAGAUGAGGAUCAGAUUCGAAAAGGGAUUGCUCGAGCCGAGUUCGUAAAGAAGGGUACGUCAACCAAUACUUGCCUCGACGAGAUGGCUCCACAAUGA